AUGAUGGAGAACCUAUCGAUUCACGAUCCUCCACCUCAACCAGGCGGCUCGUCCCUGGGUCGCGCAGCAGCGGCAGCAUCAGCAUCAACUUCUUCUGCUGCCCCUCAACCACAACAGCUUCCUCCACAGAUGUUCACCACUGCUGCACAGCUACUAGACCUCACCGAUAAAAAGCUUUUGGUGUGUCUACGAGAUGGUCGGAAACUAAACGGUGUUCUACGAAGCUGGGACCAGUUUGGUAUGAAUUCCCUAACUAAUCUUAUUCUUAUUUCUAUUUCUAUUUCUAUAACUAAUAUCUAUAUCUAUGUCUCAGCAAACUUAGUUCUCCAGUCCACAGUCGAGCGCAUAUACGCCAUCACAUCCGAUCCCUCAGACCCACAACCAAAAGGCCUAUACGCCGAACAAACCCACGGCAUCUUCCUCGUCCGCGGCGAGAACGUGCUCCUCCUCGGCGAGAUCGAUCUCGAUAAAGACGACGACCCUCCCCCAGGUUUUGAGAAGGCUGAGUUUGCUGCAGUAGAGAAGCUGGCCAAAGAGCGGAGAGCGGUAGAAAAGACAAAAGAAAAGAAGAAGCUACAGAAGCUGGCUACGCUGGGAUUCGAGGGCGAGAACCUUGGGGAGGUUAUGCUCUAG